AUGUCCAAGUCGAGAACUCGACCGUUCAGCAACUGCACCACUUGUCUGCCUAUUGUGACCAAGCCAAAUCAUCAGUUCUUGUCCGAUUUAUUACGACAUUCCCGCCCGAAUCGCAACAACUCUACCUUUGUUCCGCCCACUUUGUGUGGACGGAAUAUCGAUUUGCGUGCAUUGUACAAUGAAGUGGCUAUACGGGGUGGACACAAACAAGUUACAUCACUUCAUCAGUGGAAUGAAGUGUAUAUGGCGCUUGGCUUCCCGCCAGGCUGUGUGGACGCAGGCCACGGUCUUCGUACAAUCUAUCAACGCUUUCUGGAAUCAUUCGAGCGCUCACAACGAAUGACAGUGAAGAGUACAUUUGCAACAGAAGACCUUGAUUCAUCAUUAUGCAUAGACACAGAUUCACAAGAUGUCGAUGCUGCGAAAGGUGCAAAACAGUUAUUACCUUCCUCCGGCUCUCCAUCGCCUAGAGCGGAAGAUAUCCCGAACCAUAUGCGAGAUAGCUGGAGCCUUAGCACCGAUCUAUUGGAUCGUGUAGAUUAUAUCAGCCUGGAAUGUUCCCUACAAUCCAAUUUACCGAACGAAGUGGACUUUGCACUGAACACCAUGCUUUUAAUGUCCUCACAACCGAACGGGUUUAGUUUGUACAAAAAUGAGCGAUUACUCGACCUGUUACUUGGUUCGGUGGGUGUGGUCGCCUCCGGUGCAAUGUAUCCGCAAGUUUUCGGCCAUGCAUCGGAUGUGCAACUUCGGUUCCAGAAGUUUUGGAUUGCAAAUAUCUCCGGUUCCUGGGGCCAAACAUUUCUCUUGCCGGAAUCCUUCAAUACAAAUUUUGAAAGCCACCUGUCUCUCAAAACUUCCAAAACCGGCUGUUUAGCACAAUUGCAUGAUAUGGCCUACGGUGAUGAUGAAGGUUUUCGUGUCCAACUCGUGGCUACCGUGAUUCGCAACCUGGCCGUAGAAGGCGGACCAAGUGCAGUUAUAAUCGGUAGACAUCCUCAAGCAUUGCGGUUCNGCGGUUCAUUUUCCUCUGUAUCCACGCCAAUCACUCAAGCCUCCGCCAACUGGGUCUUGAAACUUUGUCAUCAUUGCAUUUCCCGGUUGUGGGUCGCCUCCGGCCGGCACUGUCUGCAACUUCUCGGACGAUUGUGUGAGGCUCCCUUAGGUUUGGCGCGGCAUAGUCGAUCUCCAGUUGGAUCCGCGAACGGAAAUCUACUCGUCGCUCCACGUGAUCGUUCUGUGCUCGCGAACGACCGCAACGCGGUUUUCUUAUCCGGUCUGCCGUCUGUGGUUUUCGAGCACUUGGUAAGCUGUCCGAUCAGCAAACCUGAAUCGUCUGUUCAGAUUUCAAUCUCCACUGGUCGCAUUCCUGCACAGCCCCUCGUAGCAGUUUCACUUCCGUCAAAUCCUCUGCCGCCCACACCUCAACCGUCCGUUGGUAUUGUGGUCACUUCAAAUUCCGUCCCUAUUGCGCCAGUAUGUGCCCUUGCUGUCGACCCGAAGCCAACUACAGAGUCGAUCACUACUAUGCACAGUUCUAUACCACUGUCACCCAGCUCCACUCCCAUAAUGUCGAUUGCGCCUUCCUCUAUGCCAAUUAGCUUUCCUGUUGUUCCAGCGGGACCGCCAGCAGGACCUUUAACGACAGAGGCUCAGAUUGUUAUACCGAAGACCGAAACACCCAGUGUUGUCACUUCAGAUGCCUUGACCACUGCGACUUCUGUAAAAUUACCUCCUCGGUCGCCAUUUCGACCGCGUACACCACUGCUACAUCGACCCAGAGCCCGUAAACCACCGGCGCGUUGUGUGACGGAUAAACCUGCCCUGGCGGCUACUCGUCUCGAAUACAUGUUUGAAUGGCUUCGAAAAAACUACGUAAUGCAUAAUCAUUCCAGUGUGUCUCGAGUGCAAAUCUACAUGGAUUAUCAGCGUGCACACCAACGCCGAUUCGGUACACUAUCUACCGCGGUUUCUCCUGUGGAUUUCCAUGCGUUGAUCAAGUCUGUCUUCCCCGGUGUUGGUCAAGUCAAAGUACAAGUCCCUGGCGACAAAGUAAUCAUUCAUUAUAACAAUUUGCGCUGUUUACACUCCCCCGAAAGCAAUACAGAACAAGGUGUAAAUGACAUUAUGGCGGCUGUACUCAGCCCAACAAAACAGGACGAUUCCUCUGUCGCGAAGCGUUCAUCAAAAUCAAAGAGUCGAAAACGCCCUAAUUCCAAACCGUCGACUACUGCCGCUCCUACCNUGUUUGAAUGGCUUCGAAAAAACUACGUAAUGCAUAAUCAUUCCAGUGUGUCUCGAGUGCAAAUCUACAUGGAUUAUCAGCGUGCACAUCAACGCCGAUUCGGUACACUAUCUACCGCGGUUUCUCCUAAGGAUUUCCAUGCGUUGAUCAAGUCUGUCUUCCCCGGUGUUGGUCAAGUCAAAGUACAAGUCCCUGGCGACAAAGUAAUCAUUCAUUAUAACAAUUUGCGCUGUUUACACUCCCCCGAAAGCAAUACAGAACAAGGUGUAAAUGACAUUAUGGCGGCUGUACUCAGCCCAACAAAACAGGACGAUUCCUCUGUCGCGAAGCGUUCAUCGAAAUCAAAGAGUCGAAAACGCCCUAAUUCCAAACCGUCGACUACUGCCGCUCCUACCAAACGGAUUGCUUCGUGGCCACAGGCAAAUGGCCAUACAGACACUAAGCAGUUGGUUAACGGUCGUUUAUUGGAGUCCACAGCAAACGGAUUGACGAAGGACUUUGUUGGUUUAAUCACACACCCCACAUCUACAGGUUCCUCUGCUCAGACCAACGGUACCCCGACUCCAAUCCAAGCCAACACAGUCAAGCUGUCCGGGGCAGGGCUCUCUCCGUGCCCGAAGCUGAAUGAAUUAGUCUCUCGCGACCACGGUCUUGUUUUGUUCCCGGAUUUUACUACGCUUAAUUUCACUCCUACCACUGGUGCGCCAAUAUUGCCUAACCACUCGGACCAAACAGGACGGGAUCUAUCCCGGUCAGUCAAUUCAGAUGGAUCGCUAUCCUCCUCCUCAACCACUGCCCCUGUGCGAGUGGCUCAGAUAAAAUCCGGAGAUGGGCAUUCGGACUCCGGUGCAUUCACCGCUGUGAUAUCUAAACCCGCCUUGACACUGCGACCCAUGCUCGCCGUCAAGUGUACCACAGCUCAAGAGCAGUUACGUCCAGGGGCGACAACUGUGAACACAAUGUCCUCAACACCAGUAAAUUCUAGUCAGGCCGUAUGUCACUGGAACAAUUGCGGCACCACGUGGAAAGAUGUAAACGGCUUGCUAACGCAUUUGUGGUCCGAACAUCUGACGACUGUGGUGCUCAAGCAAUUGGUAAGAUGCUCCAUACCCUGCGCAAUGUAG